AUGUAUCUACUCGAUACAAAUAAUCUUGAAGAAGCUCGAUUAUUACUUAAACGAGAAACAAUAUUAAAACGAAAUAAUCUUUUGGAUAAAUUUGAUAAUGACAAUAACACAUUACUUCAUCGGUAUAUACUUCGAAAUCAAGCUGAUGCUGUACAUUUAUUAUUAGAAUAUGGUGCAUCAAUUUAUUCGAUUAAUAAAUAUGGUUGGUUACCAAUACAUUUAGCUGCCUAUUGUGGACAUGAUCAACUUAUAUUAAAAUAUCUUAUUGAAUUUGAAAAAAGGUAG